UAUUCCAUUGACGAUCUACAUCCUCUCUUUGUCUUACAUGUUGGGAUAGUUCCCGGAUCAAAUGGUAGUACACCCUACCACCUGAACGAGGUACCAAAUUUUGUAAAAUGAAAGGCGCCCCAGACUGCCAGUCAGCACGGUGCGGGAUGGAUGCGGGAUGCAAGAAAGAGAAAGACGGUUCGUUCAUCUGCAUUUGUGCUCAUGAUUUCAGUCCAGAGAUACCUGGUAAAGCAUGUCCCCGAAAUGUUGUCUUCUCAAUUGGAUCUGAGUUACCUGGCAAAAGUAAAACGCUGAUUACCGUUCACCGAGCUGGUCUAAAUCAAGAACACGGAUCAAGUAACAUGGGCGUUAAGGAUCGUCCGUCUUCACCUGGGUUGGCGGAUGGUAAUGAAGAUGACUGGGAAUUUGCAACUGCGAAAGCAUUUGCACUUUCGUAUACGGUGGCAAUAAUGAUUGCCGUCGUAUUGAUUGGGCUUGUAUUGCUUUCAAUCCGUUUGAUUCGGUGGAUAAGGAUCUAUCGAAUGACCAACAGAAACCGGCCAAACUUACGUUAUAUUGGUGAAAACACCAUCCAAAAAGAAUUCGUUGAUGUCCAAUCCUUGGGAAUUGACAAUGCAGAACAGGUGUCUUUAUUCCUGUUACGCGAAUGGAUCGAACUGGAACACGAAAUUGGUGAAGGUUGUUUUGGUAAAGUAUUCAGCGGCCGCCUCCGACGCCCUGAGUCAUCGUUGCCGCCAUCAGAUCCAUCCUACAUCAAAGUAGAUAACAGCCAAGCAGUAGCAAUUAAAGUGCUUAAAAAUCCAUCAUCUGGAAUCGCUUCCACAACAGCUGAAAGAGAACUACUCCGUGAAGCCCAAACGAUGGCUUCGUUUUCACACGAAAAUAUUUUGACUUUACAUGGUAUUGUUAUCAACGAGUGCAACAUGGGAUCCUGGUUGGUGUUUGAAUACAUGGAAUUGGGCGACCUUGCUCAAUUACUACGCACUUCUAAUGGUUACUCAAGUUCCAAAGAAAAAGGGAAUCAUCCAUCUACACGAUCUUUGAUUCAGGAGGAUCUGGGUCCGAUAGCAGAGCAAAUCGCUAAUGGAAUGAAAUAUCUUUCAUCCCGAAACUUCGUCCACCGUGAUCUAGCGUGCCGCAAUUGCCUGGUGGGAGAAAGGCCAUUUCUCCAACCAAAAGAGGAGCGAUCAUAUCUAAUCAUCAAAAUAUCCGAUUUCGGAAUGAGCAGAGACCUUCAUAGCAAUGAAUACUACAAGAUGGGAGGCUCACGAUUCUUACCCGUCAGAUGGAUGCCUCCGGAAGCGAUUCUAUAUGGCAAGUUCAGUGAACAAUCGGAUGUUUGGUCGUUUGGAGUCCUUCUUUGGGAAAUUUUCUCAAUGGGUGCAAUACCUUAUUAUGGCUACGCUAAUGAAGAGGUAGUCACAAUGAUAGUGGGUUCUAUUUAUCUGGAACCACCGAAUUCUACACCUCCACAUAUCCGCCAGCUGAUGACCGAACAUUGUUGGAAAAGGGUGCCGUCGGAUCGUCUAUCCUUCACGGAGAUACAUGCUAAGCUUGCAGGAUUUUCGAGCGCAUCACCACAGGAGGAAUCCCAAGUAACUUCCCACCGUUAUGUUUACCUUCAACCGUUACCUGAUCUAGAACAAUAGUUUCUUACUUGCGCUCUAUCAAACUAAGAAAUAUUCUCAUGGGGCCCAGAUUAUCAAUUUAGUGGCGUUUAAGGAUAGUGAUAAUCCUGCAGUUUAACUACAUAACCUAAUGUAGUUUAUGUGGCAUUAUCGUGUUAAUGUCUGAUAGCCCAUUACCUGAUCGUUGUCGGUAAGCGUUCGACCCUUUUGUAAUUUAUGGCGCAUGUUUCCAUGAUCGCCGACUAAGUUGAAUUUUGUGACGUCUAUUUAAACUUUUUGUCGUUACGUAUCCUCUCCGAACCGGUGUGAACUUUGUAACUUCGUCUACAUC